UUUCAAGCAAAAGAGUUCGUCAACAAUGGCCUCUGCCCCAACCACACCUAUCUGUUUGUUUAUCCUACUCGUCUUGGUCAUCUCCUCCUUCAAUAUCUUAACUUCCAACGAACCGACUCCGGCGACAUGGCCCCACCAAUUCCAUUCCCUUAUGGUCAUGAACAACAGUGGAGCUCUUCAAACGUUGGACUUGUGGUACGACGCCGUCUGGCCCAACGGUCGAAACUUCAACAUAAUCCAGAACCAACUGGGAAAGCUCAAGUACGACCUGGAAUGGGACAAUGGCACCUCCUUCAUCUACACUUUGGACUCCGACCGGGAAUGCCGGGUCUUGCAUUUUGAGGCGGGCAUUCUCCGGCCUAACUGGCUAGACGGUGCAACUUAUCUGGGUCAGCGCCACGUGGACUGGUUCCUCUGUAAGUGGGAGGUGGACUUCAUCUGGUACUAUGAGGAUGUUGUCACUAAAAGACCUGUUCACUGGUUCUUCUACACAGGGAUGAGUGCUCACGUGAUGACAUUUGAGGUGGGAGCCAAACUCGAGGAUGAAAUUGAGAAGUGGAAUGCUCCUGUUUAUUGUUUUGGGGAGGCUGCUCAGUUGGAAAGGAAUAAGAGCUCCCUGGUUGAAGCUACGGCAAGUGAUUCUUCUCCUGAGAGGAUGGUGAGAGGAGUGUCGGAUGCUUGA